AUGACUACUCUGGGCAACUUGACACCCUCAAGCACUGUGUUUUUCUGUUGUGAUAUGCAAGAGCGAUUCCGGCCUGCCAUCAAGUACUUCGGUGAUAUCAUCAGCGUGGGCCAACGACUGCUCCAAGGUGCACGGCUCUUAGGAAUUCCAGUUAUUGUAACUGAACAGUAUCCCAAAGGUCUUGGCAGCACUGUGCAAGAAAUUGAUUUAACAGGAGCUAAACUUGUGCUUCCCAAAACAAAAUUUUCAAUGGUAUUGCCAGAAGUCGAAGCAGCAUUAGCAGAGAUCCCUGGAGUCCGCAGCGUUGUCCUGUUUGGAGUAGAAACUCAUGUCUGCAUCCAGCAAACAGCAUUGGAAUUAAUCGGCAGAGGUCUCGAAGUUCAUAUCGUAGCUGAUGCCACCUCAUCAAGAAGUAUGAUGGACAGAAUGUUUGCUCUUGAGCGUCUUGCUCGUACUGGAAUUAUAGUUACUACUAGUGAAGCUAUAUUGCUGCAGCUGGUAGCUGAUAAAGAACAUCCAAAAUUCAAAGAAAUCCAAAAUCUCAUUAAGGCGAGUGCCCCUGAGUCGGGGCUCCUUUCCAAAGUUUAAAGAGGAUGUGGAGGAAGCAGAGCUCAUUGUCAUCUUUAAGGAGGACAGAAAGCUGUAAGCGCACAUGUACACCUUCUUUCACUCAAAGUUUGGUAGAACUGUAAAAUUAAAAAUUGACAUACUUGUGCUUGCCGAAGCAAAAUUGUCUGGUUAUACGUUUGGGUGGCAGUAUGUUCUGUUUAGUUACAGCUGUCAGAGGCUUUGGGUACCAUAGGAUCCUUUUGUCAUCAAAUCCCCUUAUUUAUUUAAAAAAACCCCAAAAUUAACAGAGGUGUCUGCUAGUCUAUACUAUACAUUGAUUGUAAUAGCUCCAAAAAGUGCAUAUUUCUGUGACACCUCUUGAUUGUGCACUUCGUAAAAGUGUUCUGUGAUAUUCUGUUUUACUUCUGUAUUAAUAGAAGAUAAUUACAUAUUGGAGAAAUGUGAUGUGAUAUGCUUUAAUGUUCUAUGUAAAUGAACUAUUUUAAUAGGGCAUAAGUUAAAACCGAGUAAGA